AUGUUCUUCUUUCUUUACGUGCUGACUUUCCUUUCCGCCCUCGCGGCUACCUCUGCAAUUCCUCGGGCAGCCGGUUUGGAGGCUGUCGACUGGGCGACCAACGCACAGAGACUGGCCGCGGGCCUUCCCCUGUUGCCGCCCAAGUUCAAGCGUGCAUUCCCUGGUCAGAAUCAAGCGAGGGACGAUCCUACUCCCGCGUUCGGUGCGAAGAGAUCCGUGGCGUCGAGCACGCCGGUGGCAUACUCUGGGCACAUUGAAAUCAAGAAUAUCACCGGUUCUUCUUUCGGCUUUUUGGCGCAGAACCAGACUGGCAUUAAUGGUGUCUCGUCUAACGAAACUGAAUACAUCGCAGUCAGUUUCACCACGACCACCCCCGCAGCUGAGCCGUUCAAUAUUCUAAUCUCUAAUCCGGCCUUCCCUUCUCCGUUCUACCUUGGCGGAAACGGCACAAAUUUACUCGCUUCUGACUCUGCCAGCAUCGUUACGCUUGGAGAUGUCGUCCAGACUGCACCCUCCGCGCCCCCUUCCUCCAACACGAACGAAGAAUCUGCUAUUUGGUCCAUCAACUCGCGUACGCAGGAGCUGACUGUCCAAUGGAUCAACUCAGAUUCAUCCAAAGUCAAGACCUACAUUGCGUACGACGAGGCUGACAAUAUCCUCUUCUUCGCCGGCAACAUAUCUGUCUACAACGCCCAGAGCUCCAAGAGCGCGGUGCAAGUGAAAUUCUACUUGAGCGGGUAG